ACACGUUUCUGUGUUUAGUCGCGUAUAUUCCCGACGCUCCGCGAACGUAACGCGUCGAUGUUUUUGACACGCAGUGGUGACGUAGGCAGCACAGUUUCCUUUAAUGGCUCUCACAGUAAAGACAACAGGAGCAGAGGAGGCAGAGACGGACCUAGCAUCUCAGACUAACUCCUCAUGUACAUGAGAUAUUUUUCCAGACUAAUGUCAGCUAUGGCUGGACCCAGGCCUGUGGUGAUUAGCGGCCCGUCCGGGGCAGGGAAGAGCACUCUGCUGAAGAAGCUCAUGAAGGAAUAUGACAGUGUCUUUGGCUUCAGCGUUUCCCAUACGACAAGAAAUCCUCGCCCUGGAGAAGUGAACGGCAAAGAUUACCAUUAUGUCACACGGGAGGUGAUGCAGACAGGGAUCGACAACGGCGAAUUCAUUGAGAGCGCAGUGUUUUCGGGGAACAUGUACGGGACGAGUAAAGCUGCCGUGCAAGAGGUCCAGGCCAAGAACCUCAUCUGUAUACUUGACAUUGACAUGCAGGGUGUGAGGAGCAUCAAAAAGACAGACUUCGAUCCCAUUUACAUCACUGUCCAGCCGCCAUCCAUGGCAGUCCUGGAAAAACGUUUAAGAGACAGAAAAACAGAGUCAGAGGAGAGCCUCCAGAAGCGUUUACGUGCAGCUAAGGUGGACAUGGAGUUUAGUAAAGAACCUGGUGUAUUUGAUGUCCAAAUUAUCAAUGAUAAGUUGGAGGAGGCCUAUGGGCAGUUGAAACAUGCUCUUCUUGAGGAAAUCAGUCUGGUCAAGAAAGGCAACAUGUCUUCGUAGGAGACAGCCACAUCCGGACACCUUUUAGUCCCAUCCAGCCACUCCUCACAAAACCACGGACCUCCAUUCCAGUUGUGAACAUUCCCUCAGACGUUGGUUCCGUGAAGCUCAGACAAACGUCCCUUAGCGGAUACACAAAUACAUAGGAUUUAUAUGGUGUGUAGAGGUAGUUACUACCACAUGAUAUUCAUUUUUUUUAAUUUUUUUUUACUGAUGGGAAGUGCUUUCCACAUUUUUAUUUUCACUUGAAGAAAAGAUACUCCAAUAAUGCUUACUUGAUAUGUGAUUGGCAUGGUAUGCAGUAUGCUCUGUUGGACUGUCAGCAUGGAUAUACUGCUUGAAGUUUUGUCCUCUCACGAACCUGGACUAGCACAAAUGGGGACUAUCAGGGUUUAUUCCAUCAUGUGGAUAAACUGGUCUUUUAAGGGUGUGGACAAAGCUAGUUUCUGGAUAUGCUGAUUAGUGGCAGCGAGUUGUAUUGUGUUAAUGGGGAAACAGAUUUACAGAGACAGAUGUCUGCACACAUUUAGUACAGGAUGGCUGUUUACUUUCAAGAGGUACUUGCAAGUCAACUUCACUGUUGAAACAAUACAACUAUUCCAGUGCUGGUAAAUGCUUUUCUUUAACAGAUUUUGUGUAAAUUGCCACAGAACUCCAUUAUAGUUUGUUUUGUUUGAAACCAUAAAUAUUGUCGUGCUCUAGUAGGAUUAAAUCCCAUGAUAGAGGUAGAAAAUGUUGCUUAGAACAAAGAAACAAUAGGACAUCUAAUGUCACUUAGAAUAUAGCUUUUUUUUAUUUCUGGGGGUUUAUAACUGUUUAUUUUACAACUGUAAAUUUGUUUUAUAUUGUGUAACUAUCGUUUUGCAGCUUCCCCUGUACAGUAAAAUGACCUUCAGCGGACUGUUUUGAUUCCUAACUAGAGGAGAGGUUUUUAAAUAUGAAGAAAAAUUAAAUUGCAUGUUUCUCUUUUUCUAUAUUGCUUAUAGAAAUCAAGCACACAAGUCUCCUUUUACUUGUUUACUGAGAGAAUAUGUAUGACCAGGAAUCCUUAAUGUAAUACCUUUUUAA